GACUAUAGCAGCAGUGAUUCACCCUUUCCCUUUACCCUCUUCACUUAUUCUACGCGCAUCGCAUAAUAUCUUUCUCUCUCUCUCUCUCUCUCUCUCUCGAAUAUAUGUAGAGACAAAAGCAAAGCCGUGGAUCUGCCUCCGACACCCACCCAUUUCCACUUGCAUCUCCUCCUCACAACUCCUCCUUCCUUCCUCCCUCUCUUCCCUAACCACCAAAUCCCUUCAAUUCUCCAACCCCAUCUCACACCCACUUCCACACUUCUUCCCUUUCUUUCCAUCUCUCAACAAAUAAUUAAAACCCUAAUCUCUCUCCACGAAAACAAUGUCAUCCCUGCGCGCAGAUCUACCCUGCCGGAUCUACCCGGAGCCCGAUUCCAUCGAGAUCGACCACUUCGACCGCCUCCCCGACUCCCUCCUCCUCCUCGUCUUCAACAAGAUCGGCGACGUCAAAGCCCUAGGCCGAUGUUGCGUCGUUUCCAGAAGGUUCCAUUCCCUCGUCCCACAGGUUGAAAACGUCGUCGUUCGCGUCGAUUGCGUCAUCUCCGACGACGAUUCUUCUUCCUCCGCCGCCGCCUCUGACAAAUCCCGCGGCCCCUUCUCCAACCUCUUCCGCUUAGUCUUCGGCGGCAUCGUCAAGCCUCUUCAAGCCCUGGGCCAGUUCCUGGGCCCAAAACGGGCCUCAUCCUCUUUGGGCUCCUCAUCCGGCCCAGGUCCAUCGUCUUCCGCGUCUUCCUCGCUUGCCGUGGGCAGCGAGGACGACGGCGACGCCGAUCAGGGAGGCGUUACCCACCACUCACCGACACAAGUCCUCAAGAACUUCAACGAGAUUCGCCUCCUUCGGAUCGAGCUCCCAAGCGGUGAAUUAGGGAUCGAAGACGGAGUACUCCUUAAGUGGAGGGCAGAUUUCGGCUCAACCCUUGACAAUUGCGUGAUCCUCGGAGCUUCCUCUGUAAUUCAGGCUAAAUCAUGCGACAAUGUCGCUUCUGAAGUUGUUGGAGGCAACAAUGGUGAAGACAACGGAAGCAUUCCCGAUUCGUUCUACACAAACGGAGGGUUGAAGCUUCGCGUGGUUUGGACCAUAAGCUCUUUGAUCGCGGCGUCCGCGCGGCAUUACCUUCUUCAGCCGAUAAUUUCGGAGCAUAGGACAUUGGACAGUUUGGUUCUGACCGAUGCCGAUGGUCAGGGAGUGUUGUAUAUGAACAGGGAUCAGCUUGAGGAGCUCAGAGUGAAGCCCCUUUCGGCUUCGUCGGCUUCCAAGAGGACCCUUGUUCCGGCGUUGAACAUGAGGCUGUGGUAUGCGCCGCACUUGGAGCUGCCUGAUGGGGUUGUUUUGAAGGGCGCCACGCUUGUCGCCAUUAGGCCGAGUGAGCAGUCGCCAGCCCCUGCUGCAAAGAAGGAGAAUUCUGAUGUUUCUUGGGUGUCUACUGCUUUCGAGGAACCGUACCGGACGGCAGCUAGGAUGCUGGUGAAGAGGAGGACUUACUGCCUUGAAAUGAACUCUUUUUGAUUGAUGAUUAGAUGUUGGAUCUUAAAAGGGAAUGCAGAAUCAAUUGAGAAAUGUUGAGUUUCUCUGGUAUAGAAGGGAAUCAGAAUACACUAAUUUUAGUGAAGUUGAGGCGCCUUCAAGUCCCCGGCUUCUGAAAUUGCAGCCGACAUUUGAGUAGUUGUUAAAAGGAGCUGCAAAUCAUUCACCUAAUAUAAUGCUAUGAACUGAAAUAUGAAUGCAUCUGCUGGUUGUUUUAAUUUGAGGCAAUGCUUGUAAGAAAAGAAUGCAUACUGCUGCAAAACUAGGGUGAUGGUCUUGUUAAGAGCUUUGGAUUUGCAAUCAUUUGCUCUUUUUUUUCUUCUUUUCCCUCCCUCUCCUCUAUCUGUGAAUAUCUUAGGUAUCAGUUUGCUAUGCUUUGUGAUAUAUUCUUCUAAAAGUUAAAUGAGCAAAUUUACUUUGCUCUUCUGUAAUUUUAAAUAACUUCUGGAUGAGUCAAUCAUCAUACCAAUGCAAUACGUGUUCUGAACUUGCAUUUGA